AUGCCUGCUCACCGAAGUCGCAUGGCCUUUGAGCCUAUACCCCCAGAUCUUGAUAUCAAUGCGGUCGUCGCAUCGACGCCAAACUUUCAGUUUGGAAUGCGAAUCACCUGUGACACCAUCGACCAACUUCCACUUGAGCACUUCGAGAAGCUGGUAUUGUACCAAGUCGUACUGUCUGGAAGGCCCCUUAUCAUCGAAGGCUUUCAGAAAUACCUUGAUAAAAACCUCUUCUCUGAGAGAUGGUUACGCGAAACUCACUCAUCCAAGACUGAAGUUGUGCGAGAUAUCACCAAAAAGAAAAAUACGACGUUCUCAAUGGGUCAUUAUCUUCAGAGCCUACCGCUCCUUGCUCGCCGGAUGACAACCAACGACUAUGCACGUAAAGAUCGCCAGCGCCUCUACAUGAAGGAUAUUGAUUGCCCCCAAGAAUGGCAUGACUUCCUGAAAAACAUCAUCCCGCCAUCGCUUUUCUAUCUCAAUGAGGCCCCCAAGAACUUUCAGGGCCCGGCUUCCGGAAUGACAAGUCCCUCGGAUUUCCCUCGGACCGCCGACAGGACACUGAUUGCCCCCGCAGGGGACUUGAUGAGUAGUCUUCCUGCCAAUCAACGGGCCGAAAACUUGAUGUGCUACAUUGGCCACGAAGGGACCUAUACUCCGGCACACCAAGAAAUGUGCGCGAGUUUAGGCCACAAUCUCAUGGUUGAGGCUUCGCACGAAGGUCAAGAGCAUGGCCAGCAGACUGCGUCGGGUUCGUCAAUCUGGCUUAUGACCGACAACAAAGACCGACAUGUGGUUGCGGAGUACUGGAUGUCUGUGCUCGGCCAUGAUAUUGACAUCGAGGAUUUCUUCGCCCCCUUGCAUGCCUGGCAAAUCGCACCAUUUACCACAUGGGUUGUUGAGCAAAAGCCCGGUGAUUUGAUCCUUGUACCUCCUCUGGCUGCACACCAGGUGUGGAACCGCGGAACGCGCACCAUGAAGGUUGCUUGGAAUCGGACGACCGUUGAUACCCUUGAGCUAGCUUUGCGGGAAGCUUUGCCCCAUGCACGGAUGGUUUGCCGAGACGAGCAAUACAAGAACAAAGCAAUUGUUUACUUCACGCUUGAACGUUACUCCAAAUUAUUACAAGGGGUCAAAAAGAUGGAUCAUCCCGUGGUCGAGGGAAUGUGGAAAGAUUUCGGACGACUCUUCACUAUGUACAAGGACAUUCUUUUGUCUGAAAGCUUUUCGAAAAAGAGCCCGGAGAAAUCCGUGGAGUACCAUGAGUACCAGAGCAAUGUGACGUGCUCUUUCUGCCGUUGUAACAUUUUCAACCGUUUCCUCACCUGCAACGGAUGUGCAGAUUCGAAGCAUUUCGAGGAGGAAUUGGGGCCAUAUGAUGUAUGCAUGGACUGCUACGCCAUGGGGAGGAGCUGUGGAUGCGUCUCCAAGCUUCAAUGGGUGGAGCAAUUCCCCAUCAAACAACUGACAGACCGAUACGACUCGUGGCGCCGGCUGAUCGUGACUGCAGCAGAGGGCAAAAAAGAUAUCAAAGAAAUGAAAGAAAUAAAGCAGAACUUCCCCACCCUUGUGGUGGCUCGAGGACAGGCAGGCAAAAGGUCGAUUGCCGAGAUCUGCCAGGAACAGCUGGCUCGACGUCCUUGGAACGACCCUCAAAACCCCACGGCAGCGAUUAAGCCGCCGCGCCGGCUACCCAGAAAGGGGACCAACGGCGAUGGGGAUGGAAAUGACGACGGCGAGAGCGAUGACGAUGACGGUGAUGAUGACAAGCCUCGGAAGAAGAGAAAGAUCCGGCACUCAGUGACCAAAAACCCCGACGGUAUGCACCGGUGUCACGUAUGCCUGCAUCUUGAACUGGACUGGAAAUUAGCCACUUGUUCCAAUUGCGACCAGCAUUACUGCUAUGGAAGCUUGUACAGGGCUUUCGAGAUCCGCCCCAACGAAGCAAUGGAGAAGCACCACUGGCUGUGUCCCAAGUGCCGAAAGGUGUGUAGCUGCGGUGCCUGCCAACGUGAUCCCAACAACAAGCCAUACGCACCCAAUUUCACUGUCUUGGGUCACGACACCAGCACGGUGGCUGAUCCGCGCAGUAUUGAAGCUUUGGUCGACUUCCGAAAGUCCAAUCUUUGGUGGCUCAAAAAGUUUGGGGGCGAUGAUGUACAUGAACGCAUCGCCAAACGCCAGAAGGAGGCGGACGAGGCUGAACUUGCCCGUCACAACAAAUUGGAAGCUGAAGGGUUCAAGUUCGAGACUAGUCCGUUCGAUCAACCGGGUCAUGAGAAUGGCUACGAUGCACUUGGCCUGCCUGUUGACCCCUCCCUGAUAGAUGGGACAUUCCUGACCGUGACUUGA